CAUCAAAAAGCUGGCUCCAGGAGCCACCGUAGCACCACCACUUUCAUAAAGGUCACAGAUUUCUCACCAUUUGGAAACAAACAUCAAGAUGUUCUUUCGUCCUCUUCUCUCAAUUACUUUGCCUUUGCUGGCAUCUGCAUUUGGCCCCGCCACUCCUCUCUCGGUUCGCAAUGAUGCUUCUCCUCUCAUGACGAUGCGUGUCAGCCAGGGUGACUUGAAUCGGCGCGGAAAAAUCACUCAGAUGCUCCAGAACGUCAAGUCCAACGAUGACCCCAAAGCUGCCAUCCAGUCCACCGUCUUGACGGAUAAGACCGCCGGGCUCUUGGAAACCUGCAAUGAAAAUGUCCGCAAGUCCUUGCUCUACAAGAUCCAAGCUUUGUCGUCUCAAUACGGUUUGGUCGUCCCCUCGGAUUUUGGCACCCCCAUGCCCCGUCUUGAACGAGAAGCUCUGCAAACCCAACAAGCUGCUGUGAAGAAGGCUGAAAAAAAGGAGUACUUUGACAAGUACAAAGUGGACCGAGACGCCCGAGUGGCUGUUCGUAGGGCAGCCGAAGCCGGUACUGAGGCGGACAAGAAGAAAAAGGCUUUCGCUCGCGCCGCCGAUAUCGAAUCAAAGAAACGAGAUAAGGAAGAGGAGUUGAAGCAGAUUGAAAAGGACGAGCAGCUGAAGCUCACCGCCACCCUUGCUAAUGCUCAGGAGGACGCAGAGAAAGAAGCAGAGAAAGUAGCAGAGAAAGUAGCAGAGAAAGCAGCCGAUGCCUAGGACCUGCCAUCACAGAAAACGAAGAAGUUGAGACGAAGGCUUAGGAAUGUCCUACCAGUAACGUCGGUUGCCUUGUCGUUCCUGUAUGAUAGUGGGCACUCGGUGUGCCGCUCUGGUAGCAGCUUUUUAUUUAAAAAUUGGUCGCACAACUUUAGCUUUCGGCUGCGAAGAUGGCGCGACUGUUUGGCCUGUGGAUGUAGUUGGAUUGGGCUUGAAUGCGAUGGGUUAUGUUUGUCCCAUCCCAAAAAGUUUGCUCCACUCGACCGUCACUCGAUGCGAUCGACUCGACUCGCCACUCGACUCCCUGCAUAAAAAGUAAAAGUAUCGAGUAGCUGGCUACUAGCUACCAGGUACCGGUAGUCAAGUGUUCAAGGAACAGCUAUUUUAAAAUAACGUCAAAACUGGGAAGCGUCGUAGAGACAACGGUA